UGCAUCAUGAUUGAAGGUGUAUCGAUUCUGAUCUAUCAGGGCUGUAAAUUGUACUCCCAGCCCUGUGCACGUUCUUCAGACUUUACAUCCUCAACCUGAAUCACGUCUUCGAUUAUUCAGGCUUAGUCGCCGGUUAAAAUGACUUCCACAGACAACGAUGAGACCGGGAGCGAUGUAUCGGAGUCUCUGGAAGUCAACCAAAAACUCCAAAACCAAUACGAUGACUCGGGGAGUUACUACAAAUCGAAAAGUUUACCCGUCCUCAACGGAGGCUGUCCAGCACAUGACAAGGCGUUAGAAGCGAAGCUUCCAUCGACGUUAACGUCAAUCUAUACAGACCAAGUUGCAUUUAGUGGCAUGCAGGGAAAAAGCGACUCCAGCCACUUGGACUCUCCGUCCCAAAACGACUUCUCGCCCUCCAGUAUGUCCAGCAUGGUGGGUCUCAGUGGCUCUGCGAGAUCAGACGGGAACAAAGCCAGAGGCAAAAAACAAGGCUUCUCUUUGAUGAGGAUUGUGGGAUUCCCGGUGAGAAAGUACGUCAGGGUAAUCCUGGCGGACUCGAGGUGUUUUCUGUUCUGUAUGUGCUACCUGACGUUCAUCCAGUCGCUGAUGGUUUCAGGUUACUUGAGUAGUGUGAUCACCACCAUCGAGAAGCAGUACAGCCUCAGGAGCUCGGAGUCUGGACUGCUGGUGAGCUGCUUCGAUAUCGGAAGCCUGCUCGUCGUGGUCUUCAUCAGCUACUUCGGGGGUCGGGGGCAGCGGCCCCGCUGGUUGGCUGUCGGUGGGGUUUUCAUAGCCGCGGGAGCGGCUCUGUUCUCGCUUCCCCACUUCAUCUCGCCGCCCUAUCAGAUCCAGGAAAUGAACUCGUCUGCAGGAAACGAGGGUCUCUGCUUGAAUGGGAAUGCCAGCAGCAGAGACGGCUUGGGCGUUGCGUCGUGCCCGCGAGACCAGGAAGGCAAGGAGCAUUCCAUCUACGUAGCACUUUUCAUCUGCGCCCAGAUUCUGGUGGGAAUGGGCUCAACGCCUAUCUACACCCUUGGCCCGACUUACCUGGAUGACAACGUGAAGAAGGAGAAUGCCUCGCUUUACCUUGCUAUCAUGUAUGUGAUGGGCGCUCUGGGUCCUGCGGCUGGGUAUCUCCUAGGAGGACUCCUCAUCGGCUUUUAUGUGGAUCCCAAAACCAUCGUUAAUAUCGACCAGAAUGACCCUCGCUUUGUAGGCAACUGGUGGAGCGGCUUUUUGCUGUGCGCCAUCGCCAUGCUGCUGGUCGUUUUCCCCAUGUUCGCCUUCCCCAAGAAACUACCCCCUCGGCACAAAAAGAAGAAGAAGAAAAAGCUUAGUAACAAUGGUGAGGCGACCAGCGAGGAUGACGUCAUGAAGGAGAAAUCCAACAGCAAAGGUCAAACGGUGACCUCGUCCAUGGGCUUUGGGAAGGACAUCAAAGAGCUCCCCAAGGCGGCCGUGAGGAUCCUGAGCAACAUGACCUUCCUGUUCGUGAGUCUCUCCUACACGGCCGAGAGCGCCAUCGUCACCGCUUUCAUCACCUUCAUCCCCAAGUUCAUCGAGUCGCAGUUCGGGAUCCCGGCCUCCAACGCCAGCAUCUAUACAGGAGUGAUCAUCGUACCCAGUGCCGGCGUGGGCAUCGUCCUGGGUGGCUACAUCAUUAAGAAGCUCAAGCUCGGCGCUCGGGAGUCGGCCAAGCUGGCGAUGAUCUGCAGCGGCGUGUCGCUGCUGUGCUUUUCCACACUCUUCAUUGUGGGUUGCGAGAGCAUCAACCUUGGGGGAAUCAACAUCCCGUAUACCACUGGGCCGACUCUGACGCUGACUCACAGGAACCUGACGGGCAGCUGCAAUGUGAACUGUGGCUGUAAGAUAAACGAGUAUGCGCCAGUCUGCGGCUCUGACGGCAUCACCUACUUUAACCCCUGUCUGGCGGGCUGCAACACGGUCGGGAACGACAGCACUGGGGGCAGAAACUACACAGACUGCGCGUGUGUACAGAGCAGGCAGGUCAUCACUCCUCCCGCUGGUGGCCAAAGCGGUCAGCUCCAGGUGGUCAUCGUAAAGACCUACCUGAACGAGAACGGCUUCGCCCUGUCUGGAAAGUGCGACCGUACCUGCAACACACUCAUCCCCUUCCUCAUCUUCCUCUUCAUCGUCACACUCAUCACUGCCUGCGCGCAGCCCUCGGCCAUCAUCGUUACUCUAAGGUCGGUAGAGGAGCCGGAGAGGCCGUUUGCUUUAGGAAUGCAGUUCGUCUUGCUGAGAACGCUCGCCUACAUACCGACGCCCAUCUACUUCGGUGCUGUGAUCGACACCACAUGCAUGCUGUGGCAGCAGGACUGCGGUGUGCACGGGUCGUGCUGGGAGUAUGACGUCACUGCGUUCCGCUUCGUCUACUUCGGUCUGGCCGCCAGCCUCAAGUUCGUCGGCUUCGUCUUCAUCUUUCUCACCUGGUACUCCAUCAAAUGUAAGGAGGAUCGGAUGGAGCGCCGGCGCUCCAGCCUGCCUCCGCUCGGCACAGUGAGCGAGCUGAUGUGUCAGUCGGGUGCCCGCAAGUGCCACGCCCGUACCCGCUCAUGCCCGGCGUUUACGCUCGAUCCGGCACCGCUUCACCACGGCCACAGCAGCCAGAGCUGCCCGGGAAACGCCCUCAAAGCAAUAACACCCCCGGUGCGCCCAGUGCGGGACGUCCACGCCCACGUCUGAGGUCUAAACCCCAUCCUCCUCUCCAUGUGCCUUCCUCGAUUGGGCGCAAACCUUAUCGGAGUUCAGCUGACGCCCUCCUGAGUAUCACAGCUGGUUUUAAGGUUCUCAUUAGUGCAGAUCUUCAGAAAUAAAUGAAAAUUAAAAUUAUGGACUUAUGGCAAAGUGUACAUUGUAAAAGACAUCACAUGGUGCUAAGUAGGU